AGCUACUUGCGGGAGCUGACCCCGGGAAAGAGGUACUGAAAAGACCUAGAAAACCAGGUGUGGUGGAGGCACUGGCCUGCAGGCAUCCUGGUGGUGCAUCAGAACUCCAGGAAAAGGUAGAAUAAGUAACAACCAGGGUACUCAGUCCAGGAACAGUCACUAGAAAGUAGCUACCAGCUUAACAUGGACGACUGAAAACGUCUUCUGUUUCCAGGGUAGACCUGACUGCCCUGAUAGUCCUUCAGGACACAGAUUAGAGUUUAAUCUUGGAACUGGACUUACGGAGAAUCUGUAGAUGGCGAAAAUGUACAUGAAAUCGAAGGAUAUAGUGGAGCUGGUCAACACACAAUCCUGGAUGGACAAAGAUCUGAGCUCUCAAAAUGAGAUGAAGGAGCAAGAGAGAAGACCAGGAUCUUAUGGAAUGCUUGGAACCUUAACUGAAGAGCAUGGCAGUAUUGAAGAGGAUGAAGAAGAGGAAGAAGAUGGAGAUAAACCUAAAAGAAGAGGUCCCAAGAAAAAGAAGAUGACUAAAGCUCGCCUGGAAAGGUUCAGGGCUCGAAGAGUCAAGGCCAACGCUAGAGAACGGACCCGGAUGCAUGGCCUGAAUGAUGCCUUGGAUAAUCUUCGGAGAGUCAUGCCAUGUUACUCUAAAACUCAAAAGCUUUCUAAGAUAGAGACUCUUCGACUGGCAAGGAACUACAUCUGGGCCUUGUCUGAAGUCUUGGAGACUGGUCAGACACUUGAAGGUAAGGGAUUUGUGGAGAUGCUAUGUAAAGGUCUCUCUCAACCCACAAGCAACCUGGUUGCUGGAUGCCUCCAAUUGGGGCCUCAAUCUGCUCUCCUGGAGAAUCAUGAGGAAAAACCUCCAAUUUGUGACUCUACUGCUUCUGUCUACCACUUUAACUAUCAGUCUCCAGGGCUCCCCAGUCCUCCUUAUGGCCAUAUGGAAACACAUCCUCUCCAUCUCAAGCCUCAACCAUUUAAGAGUUUGGGUGACUCUUUGGGGAGCCAUCCACCUGACUGCAGUACCCCCCCUUAUGAAGAUCCACUCACACCCCCCCUGAGUAUUAGUGGCAACUUCUCCUUGAAGCAAGAUGGAUCCCCCGACUUGGAAAAAUCCUACAACUUUAUGCCACAUUAUACCUCUGCAGGUCUAAGUUCAGGGCAUUCAACUCUCUUUCAGACCAGCACUUCCCACUAUGAUGUUCCUGUAGACCUGACCUAUGAUUCCUACUCCCAUCAUGGUAUUGGAACUCAGCUCAAUACAAUCUUCACUGAUUAGAGCAAUAAGAUAAGCACCAGCAGUUCAGAAAAUGAAGUGGAGAUGUUUCCCAUGUUUCUAGUGCUGAGCUAAACUCUCAGAAUAUUAAAAGAACCUUUGGAUAUACAUCAAACAUAGUAAUCCUAGUUUGUUCAGAACUUCCUGUACCUGCUAAAUGGUUCCCAUUAACUUCUCACAUUGAACCAGUCCUAUAUUUGGUAUCCUUGAGUGAACAUAUUUGAUGGUUUGAGGCCACAUGGUAAUAGAAUAGAAAACCUGCUCCAGUGGUGCCAAAGACUAAUUGAAUGCUCUGCCGUUUCCAGUGUUUUUAUUGCUUUCUGAUAAACAUGAUACAACUGUUCUAAAUCAACAUAUACCUUUCACCUCUCAUACAAUUUUUAAAAUUAUAAAGCAAUAAAAGGAAAUGGCAUAAAUGGAAUGAUUAUAUAGAACUGGAAGGGGCAUCAUGUACAUGUCUGUUGGCUUAUAGAAUACAAAAUUCGUGUGAAUUUGACAAAUCAUCUUUGUGUCUAUUUAAAUAUAACUUCCAGAGCCUAAAAUAAUAACUUGGAUGUUACCAUAAAUAGCCAAGUCUGUUCUUUAAGAGAUUAGCUCUACUUAUUACUGUGCUGAAAGGUAUACACACCCUUUUUAGUGAUUGCAGAACCAUGAUUGAAGCCUCACACAAACUUCAUUCUUGAUACUAUUUUAAAAAACAACUGUCUUAGUACUAGGAGUGAAGCAAGAAAGACAUUGAAAGUUCUGUUCUGCACAGAAACAUCACCUAGCUCAUUUCUUAGCUUUCAUAACUAAAGGGCUAUGGGAAUUUCACAGGUGUUCAGGUGCUUCACUUAGAAUCAGAAUUAAGCCAGGUUCAUACUAUAGAGCAAUAAAAUGGUGGUGGUUGGCUGCCAUCCCAACUAACGCAUUUGAAGAACUCUGCCUCACACAUAGCCACUGGAAAAAUGUGGAUAUUCUCUAGCAAGAUGAAUUUCACUGUUUAAAGCAAUGUGAUUAAAGCAAUAGAGUUGUAUCCACUCCGGUAUCAUAUAUUCCAAAACUGAAGGCACGAAUCAAUCUUGAAUUCUUACAAUAUAAAUGUAACUUCUUACUUCCCACCCUCCACUGAUUGUUACUUUGUCUUCAUUCCAAGAUAUUAUGCUAUUAUAUAGCAAAAUUUUGAUUAGAAUCAAAAUUAGGGUCCUUGAAUGCUUUUAUCUGUCUGUAUCUUCAGCAUGGGUUUUGAUCAGUUUUAAGAAAGUUUAUUUUUCUUUAUGUGGCACCUUUUUUUCAUUGUAUCUACACUGGCUCAGCCAAGUUUCCAGAGAAAUUAGCUCUGAGAAAUUUUUCUAUCAUGAUACAUCUUCCAUAGCAAUUAUUUAGGUUCAGCCCAAGAGUAUACAUAGUAUAUUUAUAGUGGGUGAGGAUAUAUCUCUAGGAAUAAAUUUUAACGACAUUAUUGGCAGAUGAAUAUGCCAUUUUAUCUACCAACUAUAUAUGUAUCUAUUUUCUUUAUUGCCCUUAUUUAUUUCUUCACACUGUGAGUUAUUUUGUGUCCAUCUUAUUGCAGCACUUACUCUGCUCUACUUUGCACUUUUGGCUUAUAAAUAUGUUUUAAACAACUCGUGACAGUAACUCACCACCCCCAACACCUUGAAUCACCCUAAUGGAAAUAGGCAAGGAGAAUUAUUUAUAGAAUCAUCCUAUGUAAUUUUUUGAGAAUUUGCUUUAAUUACCUAGCAUUUAUGUUUAUAGAUAAUUGUUAUCUGCAUUAUUUAUUAGAUUUUAUUUAUUUAAUUUAUUUUUCCCUCUUUUUAUGUAAAAAUUUGAGUCCCAUAGAUAUAGCCUUAAAGAUUCACUAGGAAAGUAGCUUAUAUGUUUGGAGUGAGAGAAAAAGAGAAAAUUAGUUCUUGACUGCUGAUCUUUAUGGUUUUAUUAAAAAAAAAGAGCAGUAAUUUGAAUAGCUAUGCAACUUAAUGGCUUUAGAUCACUUCCUUUAAGGUGCAACAGAGUUACAUUAUUAUUAUGCCUUUGGAGAAUGUAGUACAUGUGAACGAAGACUAUAGACUUGUGAAGAGAGAUUUUAUAAUUAAAUGCAAAUGUAGUACUGUACCACGCUUGGAAAGAACUUGUUCUUUAAAUGAUGUCUAGUCUUCUGGGAAUGUUUUCAGAUAAAAUGAAGCAAUUGUUUAAAAGAAAUAACUGUUUUCCCUCCCUUUUCCAGUAGCAAUAAAGCUUUGAGUGUUAUU